AUCAUGGGAUCAUUUUCAUUUUUGGGUGAACUAUCCCUUUAAAUUCAGUCAUUUAGCAUAUAAUUUUGAAGGAAUAGUACAACAGGGUGUCCACAUAUGAGAGGUUGGGAGGGCCUAAAAGCACAUUGCACAUGCGCAGCAUAUCAGUUUUUCAUAAUAUGAGAUUGACAACAACAAACCCCUCAGAUUUAAAGCAAGAAGACCUUCCUCUCUCCAGUCAGUUGUGUGAUUUUAGUCUUGCGGACUUGUUUGGCAACAGACGCUGGCUGUCAUCUGGACUCCUACAUUAAACUGGGGUCAUCACAGUGGAUCAUUCACAUAUCUAUUUGGCACAACGAAUUCCCAUCCUGUUGAGGAAAAGUUCCCAUUGUGUACCACCAGAUGGCGCUACUAAAGCUGUUCCUCGGGGCUCUUCUGCUCCUUCAGUUUGUUCUGUUGGAUGGAGCUGAACCUCAGAACCUGAACUGUCCCACAUUUGGUGGCGUUCCCGGGACUCCUGGACACAACGGUCUGCCUGGUAGAGAUGGGAGAGAUGGUAAAGACGGAGCAAUUGGACCCAAAGGAGAGAAGGGAGAGCCAGGAGUGAAUGUGCAGGGAACGCCGGGUAAAGCAGGACCGUCUGGCCCAGCUGGAGCUAAGGGUGAAAGGGGACCACCAGGCUUGCCUGGAAGUGAAAGUACAGCUGACUCCAUGAAAUCUGAGAUCCAGCAUCUUAACACCAAGAUUGCUAUACUUGAGAAAGCUGCGAGUUUUAAUACAUUCAGAAAAGUUGGACAGAAAUACUAUGUCACUGAUGGUAUUGAGCUUACUUUUGAUAAUGGGAUGCAGUACUGCAAGGACUUUGGAGGAGCAAUAGUGUUGCCAACAACUGCUUUAGAAAACCAGGCGCUAUUGAAAUUAUCAGUAUCCAGUGGUUUAAGUAGUAAGAGGCCAUUUAUUAGAAUCACAGAUAGAGAAACCGAGGGACAGUUUGUGGACACUGAGGGAAAGCAAUUGACUUUUACCAACUGGCUUAAUGGUCAGCCUGAUGAUUAUAAGGGACUACAAGAUUGUGGUAUUAUCCCACAGUCUGGCCUUUGGGAUGAUGCCAAUUGUGAUAAUCCACAUCCCAUCAUAUGUGAAAUAGAGACAGAAUUUACACUGUAAAAACAAACCUAUAGAAGCUACUCAAAAAAUUGAGGUAACAAGUAAAAAGUCUACCUGGCAUAAUACAUUACAACUUAUAAAAAUGAGUAAUAUGAACUUGAUUAUUCACUUGUAUAAUAGCUUCUGUAGCUUGCAUAGCAAACAUUUGCAAUGAAUAAAUUGUCACCAGAGUACGGUGUCCAUUUUAGGACAUUCUCAAACCUCAGUCAAUAUUAUGAUAAUAUAAUAUUAUGUGAAUUUCUUGCUCACAGCCUGGACGAUUUGUGAGGUCAGAAACCAUCGAAUUUUACAUACACUCUAAAAAAUGCUGGGUUAAAUAUGGACAAAUCCAGAGAUUGGGUUGUUUUCACUCAGCCAUUUUUUUCAACCAAUUUUGGAUUUUUUUUUUUUAGCCAGCAAUAUAGUAAUAUCGU